AUGGGAAGGAAAAGAAAGCAGCUUUCACAAGCGGAAGUUUGGGACGACACUGCUCUACUACAAUCCUGGGAUGAUGCUCUCGCGGAAUACAAGCUCUAUCACAGUAUACAUGCGCGCGGCGAGCGUGUCGAAGAUGUGAUUAAGGAGGCUGAAGUUGAAAUGCAAGACGCGCAUAUGACUGAAGACGACCUCCGCAAAGCGGCGACAGACAUGCAAACCAACGGUAUACCAUCAGAGGAGCUGGAAGACGGAGAGCUGGAGGAGGAUAAGAGCGCUCAGACAUACUCCAACGGAGAGUCGACAGAGAAUUUUCACGGGCCCUCAACUAUCGAGUCUGAGCAAAAGGAACGCCUAGCCAAUGUAAGCACUGCGGUGGACCAACAAGAAAAGCCUAGGAUGCCUAAUGCAGUUACCAAUGGUGUCAAAGAUGAAGCCCUCAAGAAUCUCAUGAUGUCUUGGUAUUAUGCAGGGUAUUAUACUGGAUUGUGUGAAGGACAGCAACAAGUUCAGAAUACUCCGUCCAAGUAA